UCUCUCUCUCUCUCUCUCUCUCUCUCUCCUUACCGUUAAUGCCUUUGCUCUCUCUACCACUCUCAACCUUUGGCACAGGAUAAGGUCGAUCUAGUUUAAGUUCAGUACACUUUGUAGCCUGACUACCUCUCCCAAAUCAACCAUGGCACAUCAAGCGAGAGCCGUGCUCACCUCUAAAUGGCUUGCAGAGGCUCUGAAGGUUCAGGGGAAAAUGCGCAUCUUGGACACUUCUUGGUAUUUGCCCAAACUGCGGCGCAACGCCAAGAGCGAGUUCAAGAAGAGGCACAUCCCGGGUGCAGCUUUCUUUGACAUAGACCAGUGUUGUGAUAAAACCUCUCCUCUGGACCACAUGCUGCCGUCAGAGAAGAUUUUUGCAGAUUAUGUCGGAAAUUUGGGAAUAGAGCGCGACACGCACGUCGUGGUGUACGACGCCAGCGAGUUCGGCGCGUUCUCGGCGCCCCGUGUGUGGUGGAUGUUCCGGGUGUUCGGGCACAGCGCGGUCUCUUUGCUCAACGGGGGGCUCAGGAACUGGGAGCUGGAGGGUCGAUCAGUGAGUGACCAGUACGUCAGACCAACACCGACCGAGUUUAAGGCCUCACUGAACCGCUCCUGGAUCAAGACCUAUGAGGAUAUCCUGGAUAACCUGGACACCAAAAAGUUCCAGGUGGUGGACGCCAGGCCCCCAGGCAGGUUCAAAGGACUGGACCCUGAACCCAGAGACAACACAGAGCCAGGCCAUAUUCCCGGCUCCAUCAGCGUACCCUUCUACUCCUUCAUGUCCCCGUCGGGUCACUUCCUGCUCAAGGAGCAACUCCAGGCUCUGUUUACCCAGGCUGGCGUGGAUCUUAGCCGCCCUAUUUGUGUCUUGUGUGGCUCGGCCGUGACUGCGUGUCACGUGGCGCUGGCGGCCCACGAGUGCGGGCACCCAGGGGUGUCGGUGUACGACGGCGGAUGGUCGGAGUGGUACACCCGCGCCGUGCCCGAGCAUGUCAUAUCUGAAGGACGAGGGAAACAUUUGUGAUUGGUUCACAGGAGGUGUGGUUGAUGGGUUAAGACUGGAUCAGACUGGUAGUCGAUGACAAGAAAAGAGAAUGUUCUUUGCUUGCUUUUGGGUAAAGUGUGCUAAGGUUUAAAGGAAUAAUUUGACAUUUUGGGAAACACUUCGUAGUUAUACUGCUUAUUUGCUUUCUUGGCGAGAGUUGAGAAGAUUGAUACCACUCUCAUGGCUGUGUGCUAAAUAUGAAGCUACAGCUGGCAGCCGGUUAGCUUAGCAUAAAGACUGGAAACAGGGGAAAACAGCUAGCCUGCCUCUGUCCAAAAGUAUAUAUUUUACUAAUUUAUAUCUUGUUUGUUUAAUCUGUGCACUAAAGCAAAUGCAAAAACGACAAGUUGUGGUUGUCAGAGCUGUCUUCCCCUGCCCUCAGUCUUUAUACUAUGCUAAGCUAACGACCUGCUUGCUGUAGCUUCAUAUUUAGCAUACAGAUAUAGGAGUGGUAUCGAUCUUCUCAUUUAAAUUUAAAAAAGCCAACAAGUAAAUUUCUCAAAAUUUCUAAAUAUGCCUUUAACGUUAAAAAACAAUGUUUAAUCCAAAUAUACAUCACUAAGGGACAUUCCUUUCAUUCCAAACACAUUAAUAGAUGACUUGACUAAAGAGCCAGCAAUAUGUGAACACUAAACUUGAAUUUUUAAUCAGUUUUGAAACUGGAAAAUGUUUGUUUACAUCUGUAAUGCUUAUGUUGGAAUAAAAUAGAGCUGCACUUUGAA